GUUCGCGCUGCGCCUGGCCGCGGCCCGCGCCAGGCUUGCUGGGCACCACGGCGACCGUGGGAGCAGCCUUGGCAUGGCCCAGCAGCAGCCCAGGCAGGGCGCGGCCCCGCCCCAGCAGCCAAACUGGGCCUGCGCUGCGUCGAGGCUGUGCGGGUUCCGCAACAACUUCCCCAACCGUGAGACGUGCUGGAAGUGUGGCAGGGACCGCCUCGGACGCAUGGUCCGCGAGUCGCCCGCCUCCUCGGAGCAGGGCGGGAGGCAAGGGCUGGCUGCUCUUCAGAAGGCCGGCAACGCCGAAGAGCACCCGCUCAUCCAGGCAGCGCGACAGGAGCUCGCCGCCCUGGAGGCAGAGGAGCGCCGUGCUCAGCCAACCGAGCAGCUCUUGGUCUCCCUUCAGAAGCGCGUGGAGGAGGCACGAGCUCGAGCCUCCCAGGAGGCGGACAACCUCGUGGAGGCUCUUGCGAAGGUCGACGACCUCCGCAGGCAGCAGGGCGUGGCCGACGCGGAGGUCAAGAACCUGGAGGUUGAGGUUCAGGCUGCCCAGCGCGCCGUGGCGGCCUCGGCGGCGAGCUCCAGCGGCGUGGACUUGGCAGCCCUCGCCUCCACGCUGGUCGGCCUCCAGGCCACGCUCGCCAGUGCCCCCGCGCGCGUCGCCAGUGGGCAGGGCAUCCAUGUCUUGGAGGCGAUUGGGCAGCAGGAGCCGCGGCUGCCCCCGCCGCCGCUGGAGCAGGAGGCCCAGCAGACUCCCCGCCAGCAGCCGCAGCUCCCCCUGCGGCUGCGCUGCCUCCUGGUGCUGCCUACGCGUUUCGUGCAGGCGGGGGAACCGCCGCUGCCGCCUGGGAAGCCGCAGGCGAGGCCGACAUGGGAGGCUAGACACCGUGGGCGUCGAGGCAGCGCCCGCGUGAAGGCCUCAUUCGUCACCUACAACGGCUCGUCCUGGGCUUCAUGCAGGGAGUUUUUGACCCACUGCGACCUUGGCAUCCAGGUGGUGGCGGCUCAGGAGCUGCGCAUCGAUGGCGGUCUCGUGUUAUUGUCCUGCUACUUUGAAGUGGGGCGAUUGAACGACGUGAAUGUGAUGCGGCUCUACGACAUCGCUACUGCGCUGCGGGGUUGGAACAGGCCGUUUCUGAUGGCGGGCGAUUUCAACUGCGAUCCGAAGCAUCUCAUGGAGUACGGUUUCUUGGACUUCAUCCCUGCUGCAGUGGUCGCGAGGCCCCCUGCUCCUACAGGGCGCCUCCCUGCGGGCACGUGCCGCAGCGCUCAGGGAGCCUACUCGACCAUCGACUACUGGCUGGCCAGCUUGUCCAUCGCGAGCUCGCUAGCGCCGCCCCUGCCUGUGGAGGGCUGGCCUGCGUCGCCGCAUUUCCCGAUGAUGACGUCCCUCGACGCGCGGGCCAAGGCGGUCAAGUUCCUCGUCCUGCGGGCGCCGAAGGCCUUCCCGAAGGCGGCCCCGACCGAGGAUGUCACACCUGUGCUGGCGGGUGGCACCCGCGACCUCAUCGAGGAUGAUGUGUUACAGGGUGGAGUUGCGAGUCCUGUUCAGGCUCAGGCGCGGCUGGAUCGCCUGUACGCUGAGUUUGUGAACAUCGUGGAGGAGGAGUUGCUUGUGCGCUACG